AUGCCCCAUGGCUUGGUGGUUCAGGUGAUCAUGGUUAAAGGGAACAUUUUGCAGAACAUGGUUGAGAAGGCAAUGAAGAAGGGGGACAAUAGCAAGAUGAUCAAAGGCAUCAAAGGCCAAGGAUUCCUUUCCGACUUUCUGUCAGUCACCAUGGAUCUAGUCCUCAAGAGGCCCUGGUUUGGGUUUGUGGUCUUCUUCGGUAUUGCGAUAAUCUCUUCGGAAUCGGAGAGUUCCUGUCCAGCCAACGUGAAACUCAACCCAGACUCAAUGAUCCGUUGUAAGUUGAAAAUUACAGAGCUGUCUAUACCCGCUACUGACAUAGACUUACAGCCAACUGACAUGGCGAAAAUUAAAGUGACUAUAAACAUCACAGUUGCUGGGAAAAGCUUUAUUGGUGGGGCUAUGCAGAUCACUGUCGUUGGUGAAAUGCUUUCCUCAGUGACGAUUUCAACAUCCCCCAGUGGCAAAUUGAUGAUGAAGGUGACUUUGUGUAAAGUGGUAGUGAAGAGCUGCAAAACCAACCUUCCCAGCAGCAUGCUUCCCAAGAUAGUGAAUAAGUUUUUGGAUUCUACUCUCGGGAAAGUCAUGCCUGGUGUGAUCAAAAUACAAAAGAAAAAUGGAGAAAUGGUACCGUUCGAAUGUGAGCCCCUCCCCGACGACCUGCCCCCCUGCAAAGAGAAGAUGUCUGCAGUCUACAUGCCUGCCAGUGCCCUCAACGCUGUCCUGGCCUUGGUCCACCCCCUUUUCAACACCGCUCUGACCAAAGUGAAGGGCGCCGCUCCAACCUCUGACGAGCUCAAGAAAAUAUUGCCAGGUAAGCACGACUGCAGCGUCACUUUUGCCACUGAGCAGGAGCACCUGGCCAUCAACCUGAAAGCCGGAUCUUGCAAGACCGUGGAACUUUCUUCCCCCAGUGGAGAUGUAACAGCAGCAGCGAAAUACACGGAAACCAUCAUGGAGCAUCAUAUGCCACAUUGCAAUGGACGUUGUGAUGUUCUGGAAGGACUCCUGUCCACGGUGCCCGGGUGUGGAUGGAGUCUAGAUGAUGGGCUGAAACUUGAUCAGACGAUCUUCAAAGCAGAUGUAACUGAAACAGAUCUCGGUGCUUUAUGUCCAAAAGUGGGCCCUGAAGAAACAGGGAUGGAGGCCUGCUGGAUGAAGUGA